AUGCUUCUUCUCGCUGAGUCAAGCCGUAAAAAAAAAAAUCAAUCCUUCCUCCGGGUUUCAAUUCCUGUAGACUUUUCAAAAGGCGAUACAUUUCUAUCUAUCUAUCUCUCUAUCUAUCUAUCUAUCGAUAAUAUUCAUAUCAAUUUAUCUAUUUAUCAUAUUCAUAUCUAUCUAAAAUAUUCGUCCAUUUUAUAUCUAUCAUAUUCAUAUCUAUCUAUCUAUCUAUCUAUCUAUCUAUCUAUCUAUCUAUCUAUCAUAUACAUAUCUAUAUAUCUAUCAUAUUCAUAUCUAUCUUAUUCAUAUCUAUCUAUCUCUUCUUUUUUGUCUCUAUCUAUCGAUCUAUUUAUCAUAUUCAUAUCAAUCUAUCGAUUGAUCUAUCUAUCUCUUCAUAUUCAUAUCUAUCUCUCAAUCUAUAAUAUUUCUAAUAAUCUAUCGUAUUCAUAUCUAUCUCUUCAUAUGCAUAUCUAUCUAUCGAUUGAUCUUUCUAUCUCUUCAUAUUUAUAUCUAUCUAUCGAUCGAUCUUUAUAUCUAUCUUUUCAUAUUCAUAUUCAUAUCUAUCUAUCUAUCUUUUCAUAUUCAUAUUCAUAUUCAUAUCUAUCUAUCUACCACCUUUCUCUUCACAUCCAUAUCUAUCUAUCUAUCUAUCUAUCUCUUCAUAUUCAUAUCUAUCUAUCUAUCUAUCUAUCUCUUCAUAUUCAUAUCUAUCUAUCUAUCUAUCUAUCUAUCUAUCUAUCUCUUCACAUCCAUAUCUAUCUAUCUCUUCAUAUUCAUAUCUAUCUCUUCAUAUUUAUAUCUAUCUAUCUAUCUCUUCAUAUUCAUAUCUAUCUACCUCUUCAUAUUCAUAUCUAUCUAUCUAUCUAUCUAUCUAUCUAUCUCUUCACAUCCAUAUCUAUCUAUCUAUCUCUUCAUAUUCAUAUUCAUAUCUAUCUCUUCAUAUUCACAUCUAUCUAUCUAUCUCUUCAUAUUCAUAUCUAUCUACCUCUUCAUAUUCAUAUCUAUCUAUCUAUCUAUCUAUCUAUCUCUUCAUAUUCAUAUUCAUAUCUAUCUCUUCAUAUUCACAUCUAUCUAUCUAUCUAUCUAUCUAUCUAUCUAUCUAUCUAUCUAUCUAUCUAUCUAUCUAUCCAAUUUCGUUUAUUGCACCGAUUAUCCUUAUCAUUUUCUUUAAAGAUUUCUCACUGGACGCUGACCUUUCUUUCUUUCUUUCUUUCUUUCUUUCUUUCUUUCUUUCUUUCUUUCUUUCUUACCCUCCCCCCUCUGGCCAUGUGCACCAAAUAA